AUGGGUGACUUAACCAAGAAAGAUGGGGACUUCCAGUCCAAUGCCCUUCUGUCUGCGGCUAAAGUGGGAGCCCUCACUGGAGCCGCGGGAUUAAUCUACGGAGGAGCUGCAGGAGUGAUCAGGUCCCCCAACCCUAUGAUCCAUUCCUUGUCAUGUGGCAUCCACUGGACUGUAUGCGGCUCAACCUUUUGGUGGCUACGAAGCAAUAUUAUCAGGCAUCACUAUCAAGACAAAGCAUCACCUCAAGAACGCAUGUACGCGAGUGCUCUAUGCGGUGGUAUCGCAGGAGGAGGUGUGACGAAGCUAAUGGGAGGCCGGCUGGUCCCGGGCACCAUUAUCUUCUCCCUACUGGGUUACUGCGGCCAAAGCGUCUUCAACCGCAUCGACGCUUGGCAAAUGGAAAAUGCUAACACCACAAGGAAACCCUUCAUGCAGUGGAUGGCUGAUUCCAAAUGGAUUCCUUUGCGCAGUCUGUCUGAUCAAGAGUACAGAGACAUGUUGAGUGAGAAACUCCUCAGCAUUGAGGCCGAAAUUGCCUUACUCGACGACAAAAUUGAGGAACUAGAGAAGUCUCGACCGGUUUCUGCCCCAACUUCACAAUAA